AUGCGACUGGCAGCGUUUGUUUUGGUGGCUGUAGCAUUUGCGAUCAUUCCUGAUGGACGAGUCUCCGCGGCAGCACUCGGACCUCCCAAGAGCAGUGAAGGUACUCACGAAACAGCAAGAUUGUUGCGGUUGAAUGCUGUGCCACAGCCUGUGGAAACCGGCAACCAAGAAGAAAGGACAAUUAACUUCGCGUCGAUUAAGAAGAUUGUUCCGGGUACAAGCGCCUUUAAAAACGCACAAGCACUUAAGGCGUCUCAAAAGGCAGCACUGAAGGCCCAGGAUGCGGCUAAAAGGAAAGCUGCCGUUGACAAGUGGUUCAAACAAUUCGAAAGCGAUGAAUUUCUGUUUACAGCUGCGUUCCCCUCUUGGGUCAGAAAGAAAAUGCACCCCGACAAAGUCCGAGAAUACUUCGCUUCGCUUGGCAAGUCGGGCGAUGACGUCAGUAUGAUCGUCAAGCGUUACGACAAUUACCGCCAAACAAUACCCACGAAGAAGUAG